AUGCCAGAUUCUUCGCAAAGGCAAAAUAAAAAUGGUAUCUAUCGGCCUAGAUUUGUUAUUCCUCACACUCAGAAGUCAUCUCUGACAAUGAUAACUCCUAAUGAAUUGACUAAAACACUGUUUAAAUUUUAUCCCAUUUUAAUAAUGUUAGAGUGUACAUUGAACUAUGCAUUGUGGAUCAAUGAUGAUUUAUGUUUACCAUUCAUACAUUUAAUUUUAUUUUGUUUGAUUUCUGAAUUGUUUAACAAAAGUAAUGAAGAGCAAACGUAUCUUCAAUACAGUAUAUUAGAAGUACUCUCUAAGAAUAUUGCUUUUCUGUUUAAAAGAUGGAUAGGUUUGGUUAGCGCAUGCAUAUUGCUUUGUAGUUCUUUUUACUAUAUCAGUACUGUGUAUGAAGAUAUUAACAGUUAUGAGAAACCGACAUUAGAUGAUAUAGUGAUUGUUUUGGAAUCUGUAUUGAAUAAAUUAGAAAUAAUCAAGAAUGAAAGUUUAGGGAAAAGGAUAAGAGUAUCUAAUUUUAAAACGUUUGUGAAAUUAUUAUUUAUUCUAACUCCACUCCAAUUUACCAUUUUUAAAUAUAUUUCAACUACAACUUACGUUACUUGCUUCAUAAUUUUGAGUUUGAUUUAUUAUUCUAUUUGGUUCCAAGCAAUGUUGAAAUUAUUCUGGAGAAUGAUAUUUGUUAGAAGAAUGUACUAUUUUGCCUCCAGUAUAUUUUCAAACAAUAAUUUUCCUAUAGGAAAAACAUUAUGCAUGGAGGACGUUGUAAAGUAUGAGCCUUUAAAAUUUCAAGUUCCAUUUUCUAAGACCAUAAAUUUAAUGGAAAAAUCUGCUGCCAAAGAAAUUUUAUUAAAGCUAUAUCCGAUAGCAUCUGAUCUUCCAAAAUUAAAAUUAGAUUUAUCUCCUUCUCAGUCAAUUAACAUUAUUGAGCUCAAGAUUAUCGAAAAGCAACGUAGAUGGGGUGUUGAUGAUUGGGAUAAUUACAUGUUACCUUCUGAUGGGUACACAUUCUCAAUAAAUGUAAACGACUCCCCUAAAAAAAUAGAGAAUCCCAUUCACUUAAAUAUACUGAAAACAAAUGACUGGGAGUGGCUUGACGACAACUGGGUGAUAUCUGAUUGGUGUUAUUCAGACUCCAAUUGGAACUAUAUUGGUAACUAUGAAUCUUUAGAAACCUACACAAGAUUCAGACUUUGGAAAAAACGACUAUAUCAGUCGUAA